UCCCUCUCCCUCUCCCUCUCCUUCUCCCUCUCCCUCUCCCUCAUUCAGUGUUCUCUUUCGCUUCCCAAUCUUGGAGAAAACCCUAAAUUAGAUUUUGUUCUUGUUGUUUCGUGAUGGAGGACGACGCCAAUAGCAUCCCGAAGUUGCCGAUCCCUGGCAAAAGAAAUAUACUAAUCACAAGCGCUCUGCCUGACGUCUACAACGUCCCUCAGCUCGGAAAUAUCACUGGCUGUGUUCUGAGAGCUGAUGUAUAUGCUAGAUACUGUCGUCUCCGUGGCUACAAUGCUCUAUAUAUCUGUGGGACUGAUGAAUAUGGGACUUCAACUGUUUUCAGCGAGGAGAAUUGCACCGCCAAGGAAAUCUGUGACAAGUACCAUGCCGUUCAUAAAGAUGUUUAUGACUGGUUUGAUAUAACUUUUGACAAGUUUGGGCGAACUUCAACGCCAGAACAUACCCAAGUGUGCCAAGCAGUUUAUAGUAAGUUGUGGGAACUUUCAGAAGAAACCACAAAGCAGCUUUCCUGCUAUUAUUGCAAGCAGUUCUUCUCAGCUGACUUUCUUGAUCCAUACGGAGGAUGUAAUCAUGAUCCUGUUCGUCGAGAUCAGUGCAAAACAUUUAGAAAGCUUCUGAACCCUCCUGAUCUCAAAUAUCUCUGUUGCAAGCUCUGUCAUAUACCACUUCAAAUUGCCAACACAGACCAACUGAAUUUUGAGCUUCAGUUGGAAAGGUAUAUUGAUGAGACAUCUGCUGCUGGAGCGUGGGGUCAAAAUGCUAUUCAAUCUACAAAGGCGUGGCUUGAAAAAGGGAUUGGAAAGAUAGUCAUUACAAGGGAUCUAAAGUGGGGAGUUCCUCUCCCAUCUGAGAAAUAUGAGGAUAAAGUCUUCUACGUUUGGCAUAAUGCUCCUAUUGGUUACGUGUCAAUAACUUCAUGCUACACAUCUGAAUGGGAGAAGUGGUGGAAGAAUCCUGAGAACGUCGAGCUUUAUCAGUUUAUGGGUAAAGACACUGUGCCACAUCACACUGUGAUGUUUCCCUCUAUGCAGCUUGGAACUGGGGAAAAUUGGACACUGGUGAAGACAAUCAGUGUGACUGAAUAUUUAAAUUACAAAGGCGGAAAGUUAUCCAAGAAUAAAGGCGCUGGAGUUUUCGGGAAUGCUGUAAAAGAUACAAGUAUCCCUGUCGAAGUAUGGAGGUACUACUUACUGACCGACAUGCCUGAGGUGUCUGACGCAUCAUUUGUGUCGAAGGAUUUGCAAGCAAAACUGAAUAACAAGUCACUGAGCAACCUUGGCAACUUUGUUAAACGAGUUCUGAGUUUUAUAGCAAAGCCCGAAUCUGCAGGGUAUGGGUCUGUCGUUCCUGACGCUCCUGGUGCUGAAUCUCAUCUUCCAACGGUGUCACUAGGGAGAAAGGUUGGAAAAUUGGUGGAGGAGUAUGUUGAAGCCAUGGAAAAGGUUAAGCUCAAGCAGGGGCUGAAAACUGCUAUGAGUAUUUCGGUUGAAGGGAACAGAUACUUGCAGGAAUUUCAACUACGGAAACUUGACCGUACAGAUAAACCUUAUUGUGCGAUUGUUAUAAGAACCGCGGCUGGUUUAAUACACCUUCUUGCACAAUUGUUAGAACCUUUCAUGCCAUCCUUUUCUCGCGAGGUAUUUAAACAGAUGAACUUGCCUCCACAUUUUUCCCUCUCUGACGAAAGAGGAGAGGUGUUACAAGCAAGUAGACCUUGGAAGAUUCUACCUCCGAGCCACAUGAUAGGCACACCUCAACUAUUGUUCAAGGAAUUGAAAGGUGAAGAGAUGCAACAGUAUGUAGAAAAGUGUCUGGCUGAUAGAUGUGCUAGUGAUGCAGCUGCGAGUCGUAGGCGUGCUAGGAGACAUGCAGCUCGCAUUCGUAGAUACGCCGAAGAACCAGCAAAUCUGAUCACGCGACUACGGUUGAGAUCGAGGGAGGCAAGCAGCAGCAAAUCUGACAGAGCAACAUUAGAGGCUGGUUGGGAUAAAGGGAUGCAUGAAACUUGUACUAAUAGCAGUCAUGAUGGAGCUCUAGCAGAUCUGGUGGAUCAACUUAGGAGGGAACGAUUGGAAUCAAGGGCGGCACGCAGCUCUGAAACGAAAGGCGGAGCAAUUCAGAUGCUUACAUGUGCUGAAGCACAAGCAAAUUGGGUGCAGAAACGGUUGGGAUCGAGGGAGGCUUCAGGUCUAGGGGCCGAUUGAUUGGGGAUCCAGAUUGCUCUAGCUUUUAGUUUUACUAGGAUGGUCAUCUUACUCUUUGUUGGUUUUCUCCUCUGUUUGAUUAGCUUCUAUCGUGUGAAUUUUCUGGUUUGGUCUGAUUUAGUUACUGUCACUAGAUAUGCACUUGGUUUCUUGUUAUAUAAGUCCCAGCAUUAAAAUGGUAAGUUGCUUAAGUAAUUGACAGUCUCUUCCUCGA